GGGUAGGUGUGGUCUGUGUGAGGAGCAGGGCGAGGCUCGGGACUUGAAGACAGUCGUGUUUCACACAGUGUCAGUUUGUGUUUGCUGCUCUCUCAGGUGACUCAGGGAUCUCAGGUUCUCUCUGUGUGUUUGAGAUCAAAGACCAGCAACAUGGACCUGUCAGAUGCUCUCGAUGGGGGUAAUUCCAGCCAUCCAUCCUGGCCAGGCAACCCACAGCCCAGCCAUCCAUCCUGGCCAGGCAACCCACAGUCCAACAACCCAUCCUGGCCAGGCAACCCACAGUCCAACAACCCAUCCUGGCCAGGUCCGUCUGGAGGUGGAAGUGCAGGCGGCUGGCCUAUAGGUCCGUCCGGGGGUGGAAAUGCAGGCGGCUGGCCUGGACCUUUGCCCGGAGGCGUAGGCCCCCAGCCUGUAGGUCCGUCCGGGGGUGGAAAUGCAGGUGGCUGGCCUGUACCUUCGCCCGGAGGCGUAGGCCCCCAGCCUGUAGGUCCUGUAGCCCAGCCCAGUAAGCCUCUGGUGAUUCCGUACUCACAUCCUUUUCCUGGCGGACUUCACGACAAAAUGCUCAUCACGAUCCGUGGAACGGUCAAUCACAACCCGAACAAGUUCACAGUGGAUCUGCACACAGAUCGCAACCUGGCCUUCCACUUCAACCCUCGCUUCAAUGAGAACGGCAAUAAGGUGAUCGUCAGGAACAGUUGUAUUGACAAAAAGUGGGGGCAGGAGGAGAGACAACUCCGCCAUUUCCCCUUUGUCCCGGGAACAGCAUUUGAGUUGAAGAUCCUGUGCUCCCAGAAGGAGUUUAAGGUCGCCGUCAACAACUCUCACUUGUUGGAGUUCAAACACAGGAUCACAGACCUGCGCUCAAUCACCCACCUCUGCAUCCACCACGACAUCAGCCUACAGGGUUUCAAAGUAGAGACUCUGCCUUGAGUCAGAUCGAGACCCACCACAGGUCUAAGGAGGUCAUCAGAAAAUGGAUGUAGCUCCACAGUUGAUUCAAAAUAUAUCUUUAAUAGAUCUGUAGGUGAUUCUCAGUAAUGAUAGUUUGUUCUUUUAUAUAUAAAACAUCCACAGAAGGUUCUCAGUGGAUCCUCCUCUGUACUGUUUUUUUUUCUGUUUGGCUCAUAUGAAUAAAGGGUUGAUCUUACAUUUA